CCUCCCCUUCGGUGCCUCCUCUCCAGAUUUUAAGCCCUAAUGACGGAUUAAAAAUCUGGCGCCCUGAAACUGUGGCUUUAGAAGUCCGGUUGACAGAUAACCUGGCAAAGCUCAAAGAUGUCGCUUCACAACACGAGAGCCUCAGCUCUCCUUGCCUGGGUGAACAGCCUGAAGCUGGGUGAAACCUUGAAUUCGUUAGCUCAGCUCCAGGACUGUGGCAUCUUCAUCAAGAUCAUCAACAAAAUCCAUGGCACUGAAGAGGAACAGGCCGCUUUGCAGCAAAGCAUGCCCGACCGAGUGGCCUACAUUGUCAGCUUCCUUGAAAAACAUUGUAAGCACAAAUCCACCACCCAGAGACUGGUAUCCGAAGAGAAACUUUUGGCAGCUGAAGAACUGGAACUAGCAAAGGUGGCCAUGCUGCUGCUCUACUGUGCUUCUAUGAGUGAUAAGAUUCCAAGGGAAUGGGCGGCUGUCGAGUAUGACCUCCAGGCAGAAAUGGCUGAAUUCCUGAACUUUAUGCUGUACAAUGAAGAGUGCCUCAGUGACAAUCUGGAGAUCUUUCUUCAAAAGAAAAUGCCACAGUCAUCAAGCGUCUCGAGCACCAGCUCGGAGGAAAGCACCCCCCCGAAGCAACAGGUGUCCUUCUUGAAGCUGCAGAAGAUUGCCUCUUCGUCCAGUCUGAACAAGCCACUCCCUGGGUCAUCUGCCUCUCCCAUGGGCGACAUCAUGCAGACUCCUCAGUUUCAAAUUAGGAGGCUGAAGAAGUUGCUAGAAGCAGAGCGAGAGAACCGAGAUGAACUAGAGCAUGAGUUGGCGGAGAAUCGGAAGCUCAUUGAUGAGAAAGAUACAAGAAUCCUGGUCAUGAAGCAACGGAUCGACCGCCUGACUCUCCUCCAUGAGAGACAAGCUGCUGAUCAGCUGGAGCCCAAGGAAAUGGAGGAGCUCCGAGAAAAGAAUGAAAGUCUCCUCCUGCGCCUGCAUGAGACGCUGAAGCAGUGCCAAGACCUGAAAACUGAAAAAGGCCAGAUGGACCGGAAGAUCAACCAGCUCUCAGAGGAGAACGGGGAUCUCACCUCCAGGCUGCGGGAAUUUGCUCGCACCGGCACGGAACUGCAAGAGACCGUGAAUGGGAUCUCUGAAGAAUAUCACACUGCUUUGAGGGAGUGGGAGGAGAAGAGGAGCCGUCUGGAAACGGAACUCCACACUGCCCUCAGUGAGAAGAGGUGCUUGGAAGAGAAAGUCGAGAUUUUGCAAGGGAAGGUCUCCCUGCUGGAGGACCAGCUGACCAAGCUGACCGAGAGCAGCUCCCUGACAGAAAAGGGCGAGGUCAUGGGCGAUGUCUUAAAGUUUGAAGACCUGAAUCAACAAGUGGCUCAACUCGGUGGCAAGCAAGCGGAACUUCAGGCAGCCAUUCUCCGUCUUGAAGAGGAGAAGCAUGUGCUCGAGGCCACCCUUCAGUCAGAAAGGGGAAGCUUUGAAGCAGAGAAGCUCCAGCUCACAGGCCUCCUUACGGAUCUGCAGAAUUCUCUCUCCGAGAUCUCUCGGGCCAAGGAGAAGCUGGAGCAGGACCUGCAGGCACAAGACACCUGCCUAAUGGCUCAGGUCAAUGCCCUGACCGCCAAGAUCACAAACCUGACCGGCUGCCUUCAGCAGAAGGAUGAGGAACUUCUUGCUUUGCACCGGCAGGUGGAAGCCGAGCGGUUGCAGAAAAGCCAGUUGGCAGAAGACAUGCAAAAAAAGGAGCAAGUGUCAAGUGCAGCCUUUCAAGAGCUGACCCUCCAGGUCAACCAGCUAAAUAAUGCCCUGAAGCAGAGUGGUGAGAAGCUGGCACAAGUGGAAGUGGCUGGUCAGGAAGAGUACAACAGGGUGGCCCAGGAAAAGGAGCUGGCCCUGAGGCAGCUCCAGCAGAAGGAGACCGAGCUCUCUGCCCUGACUGAGCAUCUGAAGUCUCUGGAGCAAGCUCACAGCACCUCUGCUACGGAGGCUCAGAGGGAGAAGACUGAACUCAGCCAGAAGGUCCAGGAACUGGAUGCCAGAAUUUUGGCCCUUAGUGCUCAGUGCCAGCAAAAUGAGGCCCAAGUGGGAGCCAUACCAGCACUAAAGAACCAGUUGCGAGAGGCCCAACAGAAACUCGCUGAGAAGGAGAAGCUGGCCAAGGAGAACACCCGUCUCCAGGAGCGGCUGCUGAUCCUGGAGGAGUCUGUCCGCAACACGGAAGGCAUCUUGGAGGACGAGAAAAGGAGGGCAGCAGAGUCUCUGGAGAGCAAUCUGCGGCGGAUCGCGGAGCUGGACGAGCAGAUCCAGGAACUGACCAAGCACCGGGACCAGGCUGUGCAGGAAAUGGAAGAGGAGAAGGCCAGGAGGCAAGUUUUGGAAGCACACGUGCAGCUCCUGCAAGAGGAAUCCAGGAUCAAAGUGGAGGAGCUUCAGAAGCAACUGAUGGCCUUGUCCUCUCCUGCUGGAGGAGAGAGAGGAGACUGUGUGAAGCUGGAGGAGAAGGUCCGAUGCCUCAGCACGGAGCGGGAGCAGGCCGAGCAAAAGCUGAAGGCUGAGCAGGAGAAGGGAGCCAUGCUGGAAGCCCAGAUAAAGCAUCUGAACGCCAAACACAAAGAAACCCUGGCUCAGCUCCAAGCUGAGAUGUCUCGUUCUGCUUCCCAGGUCAAGGAGAAAGAGGAGGCAGAGAAGAAGCUGAAGGCUGAAUUUGCUUCUUUGCAGGAGGAGCUGGCAGCCGCUCGCCAGAAGGCCACUGAGAGCCUGGCACAAGCCAAAAAGGAUGAGCACAAGGCAGCCCAGGCCCUUGAAGCAGCCAACCGAGAGCUGACCGAGGAGAGACACAGAAGAUCAGAGUUGGAGGCCAGAGUGAAGCAGCUGGGAGAGCAGAGCCACAAAGACCGGGCCGCAGCAGAGUCAAAUGUGUCCAACGUUAGGUCCACCCUGAAGGAGAAAGAGAAGGAAGUGGAACAGCUCUCUAGCCAGGUGAAGUCACUGAGAGCCAAGCUAGAGGAGGCCACCCAGCAGCAGAAACGCGAGCUAGCUCGCUGUGAGGAAGAAGCAAAGCGACUGGCGGCUGAGAAGGAGCAAGCCACAGCUGAGCUGGCGGCUGAGAAGGCCGGCAAGACUGCCCUGGAGGUGCAGCUGCAGAACAUCACCAAUGAGCACCGGGUGGAGGUCUCUGGUCUCCAGGAAGAGGUGACCAGAGCCCAGGACCUGCUGGGGGAGAAAGAGCGGGAGCUGGAAGAGCUGCGCCUGAAGAACGUCUCCCGCAGCGAGGAGCUGAGGGACCUCCAGAAGACAGUCAGCAAGCUGAAGGGCGAGCUGGCCGCAGUGGAGGCUCUGAAGGAGAGGGAAGCCAAAAUGGAGCAUGAGCUGCAGGGCUUCCUGGAAGUCACCAGGACUCAGGAGGCCGAGAUGGACAGCCUGAAAUCCACGAUUCAGUCCAGGGACCUUUUGCUCAAGAACCUGGAGGAGGAGAAACGCCACUUGGAGCGGGAGCGGGCUUCUAGUCGGGAGAACCACGAGAAGCAGCUGAAGGAGUGCGAGGCCCUCCGCGGCCAGGUGGGGAAGCUGGAACGGCAGUGCCGAGAGCAGCAGAGCACCCUGGCCAGGCUGGAGAAGGUGGUGGCUGCCUCGGAGCAACAGCAGCAAACCGAGGCGGAGGCCUUAAAGCAGGACAUAGCACAGCACAAGCAGAGAGCCUCUGAGCUGGAGAAGCUUCUGGAAGCUUCCAGGUCCACCCAGGAGGUCACGGUUGAGAAACUGAAGAGGGAACUACUUGAAAAGGGAGAACAGCUGGCCCAGAGCCGAGAGGCGGUUUCAAGAGCAGAGAAGGAGCUGGCUUCUCUGCGCGCGUCGGCUCAGGAGAAGGGCAGGUCGGAAGAGAGCUGGAAGGAGGAAAUGUCACGCUGCCGCCAAGAGGCCGAGAGGAAGGCCAGCAUCAUUGGCAGCCUGGAGCAGGAGAUGUCCAUCAUGCACAGGCAGCUGCUGGAGAAGGAAGCCGAGAGCAAGGACCUCAGGCGGCUGGUCAUGGCGGAGUCGGAGAAGAGCAAGAAGCUGGAGGAGAGGCUGCGGCUCCUCCAGUCCGAGAUGGCCACUGCGGCUUCUCGAGCGGUGGAGAGAUGCUCGGCCAUGAAAGUGGAAGCCCAGACCUUCCAGGAGCAGGCGGAAAAAAUGAGGGUUUCCGUGGAGGCCAUGAAGAAGGAGCUGAACGUCUGCUCCAAGCGGGAGGAGGAUCUCUGCAAAGAGCUGAAGUCCUGGCAGGAGAAGGUCUUCCAGAAGGACCAGCUCCUCUCCUCCCGGCAACAGGAGCUUGUCAACGCCCAGGCCUUGAUUGGGGAGCUGAUGCCCAUCAAGGGUCUCUACCAGCAGCUACAGGUGGAGCAGGCCUCCCAAGAGAGCAAGCACCGGGAGGAGGCGGAACAGAUGCAGGAGGCGGCAGGGGUCCUGCAGGCCGAGCUGGCCCGAGCCAAACUGGAGCUCUCUGAGCUGCUGUCCCUCAAGGAGAGGUGCCUCGAGCAAGAACGCGCCGUCCAGCAGCUGCAGGUGGAGAACGGGAGCUACGCGGAGCGCCUGGCCACGCUCCAGCGGGCCCACGCUCAGCUGGCCGAGGAGAACCGGGUGCUCAGCGAAAGGUCCAGCCAUGGGCUGCAGCGCCUGGAUGUGGAGCUGGCCCAGGCCAAGCAGAAGUACGCCCAGGAGCUGGAGGCAGCUAAGGCAGACUCUGAGAAACUGGUGGCAGUGAGCCAGCGGGAGGCCAAGGAGGCCCAGAGGAAGCUGGAGGCCGUGACCAGCAAGUACGAGGAGGCCAAGCAGAAGCUGCUGGUGCAGGUGGAGCAGCUAGAGGUAUAUCAGAAAGAGCAAGCUAAGCAGGUAGAUGAACUAAAGCAAAAGCUGGCUCAGCAAGAGAAGGCCGUCCAGACUCAGCAGCAGAAGGCUCAGGUGCGUGAAGAGGAGUUGCAGACCGCGGCUGGGCAUCUGAAGGAGAAGAUGGCUGAGCUGCAGGCUCAGCUUGCCCAGAAGGAGAAGGCCAGUGAGCAUUACAAGGCCCAGAUGGAGAAGGCCAAAACACAUUACGCUGCAAAGAAGCAGGAGAAUCAGGAGCUGCUGAAGAAGCUGAAGGGCCUGGAGCAGCUGGAGAAGGAGAACGCGGAUCUGAAGGCCGAUUCUGAACGGGUGGGGAAAGAGCUGCAGCAAACCCUCAUGCAGGCCAAGGAGUCAGAGCUCAGCUGCAAGAACCUCGCCAGCCGGGUCCGCGCCUUGGAGGCCCAGGUGGAGUUUGCCGACCGGCAGCUGCGAGAGCAGGGCAAGUUCCAGGUGGCCAAGGACACAUUGAAGAGCCGUGAGACCUACAGGCAGAGCCUGGCUGACCUCAGCACAGACAGCCUUGAUCUGAGUACCAGCGAUGAAGCACAGCCACUCAACUCCACCAGGAAGACGCGGCGUUCCCUUUCUGAGUCUGGGACCACGGAGUCGUCCAAGGCCUCCCAUCCGCUGCCUCGUAAGAUGGAGUCCCUGGAGAGUCUCUAUUUCACACCCAUUCCCACCCGCACCCGGUCCAAGCUGGAGAACAGUGUGGGCUCCGUGAGCGACGUUUCCUUCGAGUCAGGGCGGAAAAGCGUCUCCGGCCGCCGGCGCACCACACAGGUCAUCAACAUCACCAUGACCAAAAAGCACACUGAGCCGGUGGCUCCCAGCAGUGCCAACGAGUCGUUCUUCAGCAUAGAGUCCCCGGGGUCUCAGGCCAGCCACGAGACGGUCAAGACCCGCCUGCGCUCUGCCACUUCUGCCUCCACGUGCUCCCUCACCAGCCUCCCCUCUCAGGAAUCUCUCCCUCGGCUGGGUGCCUCCUCCCCCAACGACGCUGCCAGCAACGCCACUUUGAUGAGCCUGCCGGGCUAUCGGCCUGCCACCCGCAGCUCCGCGAGACACUCGCAAGCGAGCAUGGGGCGCCGCAGCAGCAGCUUCUACACGGGAACGUGCCAGGAUGAGCCUGAACCGCUGGAUGACUGGAACCGCAUUGCCGAGCUCCAGCAGCGCAACCGAGUGUGCCCCCCUCAUUUGAAGACCUGCUACCCACUGGAGUCCAGGCCUUCCCAGUCACUCACAACCAUCACAGACGAGGAGAUGAUGACUGGCGACCCGAAGGAGACCCUCCGGCGUGCCAGCAUGCUGCCUUCUCAGAUUGCCGAGGGCCCGACCACCCGCCGCAGCACCCUCAGUUCCACUUGGGCAGCAGGAGGGGUUGCCACCCGACAGCAGAGGAAGCGCCUCUCAGAUGAAUCCCAGCACGGCCCCGGGACCCCCGAGUCCAAGAAAUCUGCCAGCUGUUUCCCACGGCCACAGACCCCCAAAGGGCGGGCCGAGGAACGCAAGCACAGCGCCCACGCCGGAGGCAAGAAGGCCAAAGCCCCGGCAGCUGACAAACAGACAGACAGGCGCCAGUCACUGGCCUUCAGCAUUCUGAAUACACCGAAGAAACUGGGCAACAGCCUUCUGCGCCGUGGGGUGAACCGCAAAGUGACUCCGAAGAACUCGCCCCGAGGAGGGACCCGGAGAUCCCCCAGGACAUCUGUGUCUCCCAAGGGCAAGGCAAACUCCAGGUCGCUGAGGAACACAAAGUUCUGACAUGGUUUGUUCUGAUGGAAAAGACCCCCAUCUUCUGUGUCUCCCCAGAGGAAAGGGUGCAAGGUGCCAGCGCUGCCCUGCCUCUGCCACCAGCUAAGUUGCCAGCAACCGCACCACCUCCUGUCGUCUCCCCUUCCAGCUCUCCCCAGGAGUCAGAGGAUGCCCAUGUUUAAAAGAAGAAGAGGAAAUUGUUAGGAUGCCACUGGGUGCGGUGACACCUUAUCUGUCCCCCUCCGCCCGCCUGCCCACCCGCCCGCAUGCAUGAUCACCCUGUGUGUGAGGCAGCAAACCUGUUCAGAUGGAGGAAUGAGCAGGUGGAGGGGCGCGUUCCCCCUCCUCGAUUGCAGUGUGUAUGUGCUGGUUAUUUUUGCUGGUGAAAGGGGGCAAACCCCCCAACCAUUCCAUGCUCCAGCCUUGAAUCGGCCUCUGCUCAAACUGUCCAGAUUCCGCAGUCCAGCCUCCCCAGGUAGCGGUGAGCCUCAGCGGGUGGCAGAAACGCCUGCCACACUGACCAAACCAAGAAGGGAUUGGGGGCGGUGGGCGGGUGGAUGGGGAGGUGUUCCUGCAGGAAUGGGAGGUUCUGCUUCCGUGCUGGCGCGUCCACCUCCCUCUGGCUUUAGGCUCUGUGGGGGCGACCCCUCCGCCUCCUCCUCCGAAGCUCGGCUUUCCACUUCUGGUCCCUUCUUGCUGGCUAAGGGAGCCUCGGGCAACCUGAGCCGGCCCCACAGAGUACAAAAGAGCUCUUGGAGGCUGCCCAGCUGCUGCGCUGCCCCUCCCCCCUCCUGCCCCCUCCCCUCUCGUGUACAUUCUUCCCUUUGCAAGAAGGUUCCGGGGGCAAAGCGGCCCCUUUCCAGACUCCUUGGUGGUUGGGGCCCCAGCCGUCCAUCCAGAGCUGGAGAAGGGAAGGGUUCCGGCAGAGGCCCAAGAGCGUUCGCUGCGCCCCUUUGCCACCAGGAGCCUGAGGCCGGAUCCCUGCAGGGCCCCGGAGCUUCUCCUGCACACGCUUCCCCACCACCUUCUUUGAGAGCUGGACUGGCUUUGCCCGAGGGGUGUGUGUGUGUGUGUGGCUUUUUCGCAGGACGGUAGUGGCUAGAGGAUCUCCGAGUGGUUUUGGAAGGGGACAGAGGCGGACGUCUUAAAGGCUUCUUUCUGAUGGGGGUGAGCGGGCAGAAGGACCUACUUUGUUCAGGCUGGGCAUACACCUCCCCUCCCUUUAUUUUGCAGGCUUUCCAUAGCUGUGUUGCUUUGUAUUGUACUCUGUAGGCGCUGCGGUGGGGGAGCCUUCAGUGUGGUGUUCCACUUGAAGGGAGGGAGCAAGGGCUUCAUGGCUGUUGGAGGGGGAGUUUCCCCCCUUCCCCCAGGGCCUGGAAAGGACUGGCUGAAAGUGGGCGCUCCUCUUCCAGGGGAAGGGCCCACUCCAGGAGGAAGCUCCCCCUUGAAAUGAACAAGAGCUCUUUGGAGCCACACUCUCAACCUAGCACGGCACUCCUUCAUUUCAGUGGGGCUGGUGCGGGAGAGCAUCCCACUCAGCAUCACAACAGAGCAGUCCCCUCCUUCCGAUCCAUGUGGGGCUCUGUUCUCCCGUUUUCUGGAGGCCCCCAGAGACCAGCUGGCCGCCUCAGUGCCGCAUCCUCCAGCAUGUGGCAGGAAGGAAGCGGCAGAGCAAGCAGGAGGGACCUGCCUGGCAGGUGGGUUCUUUGCCUAGCUUUGGGGUCAGUACCAACGUGUGGAGUCGGUAAGGAGGUGGCCGGUGGUGGGGUUGGCUCCUUGAGUGAGUGGCCCUGGUGAGUUGGUUCCUGGGCUGGAUGAAGGGGGGGGGACACGGCCUGAAUUCGCCCUCCACUUGCAGCUCUCUAAUAUUCAUUCGCCUUUGUAGAGAGAUUAGAAAUCAAAUGUGUCAUUUUAAAUAAUGUUUCUACUUGUAAAUAAAUGGUAUUUUUCUCCCAA